AUGGGUAAAUCAUCCAAGAAAAGUGGAUCUAAACAUAAAAAGCAUAAUCGUCGUCAUUCUUCAUCGUCAUCAAGUUCGACUAAGAGUGAGGACCAAUGGCAAGAGGUUACUCCUACCGAACCGAGCAACACUGCAAUUCCACUUGGUAUCGUUAAAGGUCCAACUAUGCCAACACAAGCUGAUUUGCAACAAUUGGAGAAGGAGCAAAGUGCGCCGGUGACAUUUGCAUUAGAACCGUCCGAUUUCGAUUCAAUUGGCAGCUAUCAACGAGAAAACAAGCAGGCUGUUAAAAAAGCGCAAUCAACAGCAGAAAUGGAAGCGAUUAUGGGUGAACGUGAGUUGAAUCCCACGUUACGUCGUCAAGCCAAUGACAACGAUGACUCGAAACGAGCAAAAGUUGGUGAUGCCGGUCUCGAAUGGCAUCGGCGAGCUUUCGAGCGCUGUAAGCAACAAGCGAAAGAAGAACAACGUUCGUUGAAUGAAAUCGUUUCGGAACGUUACGGAUCUAUGGAAAAACUGAUGGCAUUAAUCAAUGAUGCUGAAGAUCUUGAUCGCGACCAUGAUCGUCAUCAUCACCAUUCAUCGCAUAAGAAGACAUUUCUGCAUCCGAAUGAGAGAAGAGACGAUCGAAAUCGUCAUCGUCAUCACCACCAUCACCAUCACCAUCAUCAUCACGAGAAAAAAUCAUGGAAAAGAGCUGCAGACGACGACGAGUCGUCCAUAUCGAAAAGACAACCACGUAGCGAAGAUGUGGAAGAAAAAGUGAGAGAAAGAAAUGCUGAUGACGACGAAGUAGAAGAACGGCAACAACAAUCAACGUCAACAGCGGCGAAAUCCGAAGAAAAUGAUAUGAUGUCUGAAGAGAAUCUUUUAGAAUUGAGAAAGCAACUUAUUCGUGCUGAACUAGCCGGUGAUGAUGAAAUGAUUGAAUUACUUCGUAGUGAAAUCAAAAAUAUUGAUCAAUUACGAGGAAAUCCACAGCAUGAAUCGGGUGCCGAGCAGCAGCAACGAUCUAACGAUCCAAAAUUACUUGUCAUGACAACUAUUGAUCGUUAUGGUGUCGAAAAACCACUUCAUAAUGCUCACGAGCCAGGAAAUCAACGUCGAUAUGGUCACGUUGACAAACGUGAUCGAAGAAAAAUGAAACGAGAAAUCAAGAAAAUGCGUCAAAAUGACAAAGAUCCUGAACGUGAAGGUUUAUCAUUAAAUGAUCUAGUCGAAAUGGAACGACAUUCCACGACAAAUUCGAUGCCUGUACUACCAAGUAAUCGAAGCAAUCCCAGUGUAUCGUCUGAUCGACAAAUCUUAGCAUCGACUCGUCAUUUAUCUGGUUGGUCACGCAUCCAAGCUCUAGCAGAGCAGAAAAAACGACAGCAGACAUUUGAGCAAUGUUGGCUAUGCAUCGAAAAUCUUUCGAAAUCAUUUAUUUUCGGUCUAAUGGAUCAAUGGUUCUUGUGUGCCCCUCCACAACAGUCACUGGUGGACGGACAUUGUUUCAUCGUGCCUAUUCAACAUUCUUCUAGUCGAUUUCAUCUAGACGAUGACGUACUGGAUGAACUGGAUAGUUUAAAACAACAACUAACCGAUUUGUAUCGGCAAUAUCACAAUCAAUUACCAAUUUUCAUUGAAACAUUCAAGAAUCCGCGCCUGUUACCACAUAUGUAUAUUGAAUGCAUUCCAGUUCCCAUCGACCAAGUCAAUUUAGUUCCGAUGUAUUUUCGAAAAGCUCUACUCGAAAGUGAAUCUAUGUGGUCAACAAACAAGAAACUUAUUGAAUUGAACCAUCCACGUUCGCGCACAUUGAAAAAUGUUCUACCUAAAGGUUUACCUUAUUUCUGCGUGGAAUUUCCGGUGGAUAAAAGUAAAAACGACAGUGUUUAUGGUUAUGCGCACAUGAUCGAAGAACGUGGCCAAUUUCCGCUGUAUUUCGGUCGAGAAAUUCUAGGAGGUUUGAUGCAAUUAGAUAAUCCAUUGUUAUGGAUGAGACCCGCAAGUAAAGAGCCGGAGGAUAUAGUUGAAAAUAAAUGUACAUAUUUAAAACAAUUAUGGAAAAAGAAUUCAUCGAAAUCAUUAACAUAA